GCCAACCUCUUAUCAGCAAAUAUACAGUCAUGAAGUUACUCACUACCAACUUUGUCAAGUGUGCUGUCAAGGCCUGUGACUCCUCAGCUGACUCCUUCCCCUUAAAGUAUGAAGACGUGCAAUUGGUCCAAGAAGAGCAGGACUUCAACCCAGAGUUUAUUGCUAACAUGUUGGAGAGAUUGGAUUGGGCCGCACUCUUAAAGGUUGCUGCCGACUUGGGCAACACCUCCUUGCCGUCCCACAAGCCAGAUGAUGUUGACCCAACCUUGACUGAAAACGAGCCUUUGUUAAGAGACUUGCACUCCUUGUUGUUAGAAACCCAGAUCACUGAGGGAAAGAUGGUCUGUGGUAAUUGCCAGCAUGUCUAUCAUAUCAAGAACUCGAUCCCUAACUUCCUCUUGCCUCCACACCUCGCUUAAGCCUAAGCUGGCUCGUCCUUCUGUAUAAUAUAUAUCAUGUGCUUUGCACCUUAAUCUGCAUUCUUUACGUCC